AUGGUCCGGAAUGGCGAGUGUCCCAUGGAGAAACUGAGCAGCGACCCCUAUGACUUCAUCAAGCUGGAAUACUCGACCGCGUAUUUUAUGCAAUGUGACGACAGCUGGAUCCUGCCCUCGACGGCCGGCGAAUCCGGAUGCAUCCCAAGUUUGCACGUCGCGGGAGGCCUCGCACCGGACGACCCGGAAGUAUUCCCCGGUGAAGUCAAGGAUCUCGACUACAACAGGAUCAAGGAUAAGUUUUGUCGUGUGGGUGUUCCGGCGAAUGGCGACUGUAUUCUGCCUCCCCUUUCCGGGUUUAAGCUGCCGAAGCGUCUUGAAGAUGCUGGCUUCAAAGAGGCGAUGGUAACCCCGUGCAGCUACAAGCAACGCGGCGAGAAGAUUGAAAAAGAUUGCGUGUUGCUGGACCUGAUGAUGGACGGAAAGGUGGUGAUUGCCGAUCGGAAUGGGCAUGGCCCGUAUGCGACGCUGCAAUCCCGAAACGACAGCCUGACGAUGACCUGGAAGGUCGAUAACAAAUACCCGUACAGCUUCCCCCGUUGCAUCGAUCUGUCCAACCAAGUCGGCCUGCCAGUAUCGGAAAAUCACUUUGACACGGCCGUCAGCGACAGCUUUCUAAACUGCGCCAAGAACCCCUACUACGCGAGGGCGAAGGAGGGGCAGAUCACCAUCGACAGCGUCGAGCCGUUCAAUUGCAACACGGACAAGGAGCUCCGCCGGCUCCUCUGCCGUACUACCAACCAAACAUUGACAUCCGCCGCCGAGGCGAGCACGAAAGCCGCUCGCUCUCGCAUACUUGACUACGUCUCCUGGUUUGAGUGGUGGACUUGCGGUUGCUUCUUCCUCGGUGCCUUCGUAGCGCCGCUGCUCGGCUUCGCGUACAUCGCAUUUCGUUCGCGAUCCAUUCCGGUACCGGUGGUGGAGACACAGCCAAAAUGGAAAAUCCCCUCCAAGGAGUCCCUGGCGGCCAUCGACAAAUUUGUGAAAAACGCCUGUAAAACGAAAGACCUGCUCGAUGACUGUCUGCCACCCGGCAUGCCUGACGAGGCUGAAUGUCAAGUGUUUAUGGAGCACAAAGAUGAGAAUCGGUGCCAGACUACCCGGCUGCUGGACAAAUCCCGGUACAAGAUUGAGGGCGACGAUAAAUUCUACAUCAAUGCCAGCAAAUUCAGCAUGAAAGUGGAGGGCCGUGAUCGCUACGAAGGACAUCAUCUCCGGAACAUCAUCUUCUGCCGCGCUAUCCUCCAGACAGUCCAAUUUGCCUAUUGGGAAAACAUUGACUACUACGUGUUGCAAUCUGCAAACGGCACCGGCACUGCCGCCAUCUUCGCCAUGGUCUACGUCAUCAUCGAGCGGCUGCGGAACGGCAUGGAAACCACGGUAGCUGAGGUGCUCGAGGAACUUCGCACCCACGUCCCGGCAGCAAUCGCCACCGCCGAGCAGUACUUGGCCGUCUACGCAUGCGUCCUCAUGUAUACCCAGGCCCACCUGAAGACUCGAUACGGCAAGGAGCUCCAGAGCGCCCUCGGUUUCCAAUGGGAACAUCGCUUCGGCCAACAUCGUCUACGUUCUCGCGUCGAUGAUGCUGCGUCCGUCGCCGAGUUAUGUCUGCGUCUCCUG